UUAUUUGUGUUUUGAUUUGAUUCUCUCCAUGCCUAGCUUUCUCUCUCUAGACCAAACCAAACCCUAAAUAAACCCCACCAUACGGAUACAGCAUUGCCACCUCUUAUUGCAUGCCCCCUUGUUCAUUUUCUCACCCCUUUGUUCUUCUCUAAAAAACAAAGCACUACAAAACCAACCACUAAUCCAAGAAAGCGAAACGGAAGGCAUACAACGACACUGCCUUUAAAGCAACACACAGCAGAAACCAAAUCCAAAGCAUCUUCUUCAUCUUCAUCUUUAUCUUCAUCUUCAUUUUCCCAUGGCUGUAGAAGCCCGGCAUCUCAAUCUCUUCCCUUCACAACUCUUAGGCAACAGGGAAAUAAUGAAUCAUAUUGAAGCAAAUUCGAAUAUCUACAACCCACAGAUGGGAUAUCGAGUUCCAUUAUCAGGAACUACAACUGCAGAGACUCUGCUUCCCAUGUACAGUUCCGUAAACACAGAUUCAAUCCCUCAAAAAACACCAAUCAAAUCUGAAAGCGGCCUCACCUACAACUACAAUCUGCCUAUGUCCAGAAAGCGCCCAAGAGAAUCUAUCAGUCCUCUUCUCCCAUGCCCAACUCCCCAACUCAUCAAGACUGCUUCUCCCUUCUCCUUUCUAGGCCAAGACCUCUCCCUCCAGAUCGAGCAACAGCAACUAGACAUCGAUCGCCUUAUUUCUCAACAUAUGGAGAAAGUGAGGAUGGAGUUGGAAGACAGGAGAAAGAGACAAGCGAGAAGGAUAAUAGAGGCAAUAGAGGAAGGAAUGCUGAAGACGCUAAGGGCAAAAGAAGAAGAAAUCGAGAAGAUAGGUAAAUUAAAUUGGGCACUGGAAGAGAGGGUGAAAUCCUUGUGCAUAGAGAACCAAAUAUGGCGAGACCUGGCACAAACCAACGAGGCCACGGCCAAUGCCCUAAGGACAAACCUGGAACAAGUCCUGGCAGCGCAGGUUAUGGACGAGCGCACCCGAGGCGCAGGAUUAGGCGAAACGGCAGCAGAAAUGGACGAUGCCCAGUCAUGCUGUGGCAGCAGCGGUGGCGGCGAGGGGGAUAAGUUAUCGGAACGGUGUACGUUGGUAAGUGGGGGGAUGCUGGAUAAGGACACAAUUAGUAGGCUCUGCAGGAACUGUGGGAAGGAGGAAUCGUGUGUGUUGCUAUUGCCAUGCAGGCAUCUGUGCCUCUGCACUGUUUGUGGGUCUAGUCUCAAUGCUUGCCCAAUCUGUAAAGCCACCAAGAAUGCCAGUUUCCUUGUUAACAUGUCAUGAGUGACCAAAGCACCAGAAAAACGAUAGAAUUCCUAAAAAACAAAAAAGAAAAUUCAAGAAAACACAAAAAAAAAAGGUUAAUUUCA